AUGUUUUCAACAAUUAAAACUCAAUUAGCUUUGAAAAAGUAUCAAGCUGAAAUGUCAACAUCAUCCACAUAUGAAGAACUUUGGGAAAAAUCAAUUCUUCACGGUUUAAUAGGUUUAGGGUUAUUGUUAAUUGUUUAUGUAGCUCUUGAACCUCAAAUCGAAAGUGAUUAUUCUUAA